UUCUAGAUUAGCUGUGCAAAAUUUCCAUCACCACUAAAAUCUGGACUUUUGGCAUUUGAACAAACCAAACCAAAGGCGGCGCCUGUUUGUGUAUCGGAGAUGUACUCGCAAGUGCCGAGCAACCCAAACGAAGAGUCGUGGACGGAGGAGAAGCAUGUGAAGUUCCUCAACUCCAUGGAAGCAUGGUUCGUCCGUACUAUGCUUGACAACAAAGAUCGCUUUAAUCUCCGUCUGGACCGUCACGUGCCUGACACCUCUGACUCCACUCUUGAUUGCAAUUGCAAACACAAUGCUCCCACCACAAGGAACCACACUACUUCCGGUUUUACUGCAACAAAUCGACGCAAAAUGAAGGCCAGGCCUGGUAAAAGAUCAAGAAGAUCAUCCUCUCAGCCUCUUGCUUCAACACAAGAUCAGGUUGUUCCACAGGUUGAAAACAGAAGAGAAGAUAAAGGAGGGAAAUAG